CUGGAGAAAUGUCGCACUGAACAUCAGUCUUGUCCUUCAAGCUCCGGUCCUGCUUGGGUUCCCACCCGGCUUAUCCAAGUCGAGCAAGACAGCUUAAGACUUGUGGAAUCUUCCGAAACAGACAUCUCCGAACCAUUUGUUUCUCUCAGUCACUGCUGGGGAGGUGCCGAGAUUUUGAAGCUCACCACCGAAAACAUCAAAGUCUUGAAAGACGACAUCCCCUUCCUCGAGCUGCCAGAGACGUUUCAAGAUGCAAUCCAAGUGGUCAGAAGCCUGGGAACCAAGUAUAUCUGGAUUGAUUCGCUGUGUAUCAUUCAAAACUCAGAUGAAGAUUGGCAGAAGGAAGCAAGCACCAUGCUCGAGGUGUACAAAUAUGCCUUGUUCAACAUCGCAGCAACAGCCUCGAUCAACAGCUUCGGAGGUUUAUUCCAGGAGAGAGAUCCCCACCUCGUACAGUCAGAGGUAGUUGGCAUCGACACCGAAGCCAUCAAAGGCCGAUUCCAUCUCGUGGAUCAGGGAUACUUCGCCGAAGCGGUUGACGAAGCUCCUCUCAAUCUGCGAUCAUGGGUUGCCCAGGAACGCAUGUUGUCGCCUCGUAUCGCGCACUUUGCAUUCAACCAAGUCAUCUGGGACUGUGCUGAAUCAACCGCUUGCGAGUCACUCCCUCAUGGCACAACUGCCUGGUCCCGAUAUGAGGCGAGGCCGAUGACAUUUGGAUGCAAGCAGGGAUCGGCAUUGCUGGCACCUGCAAAGACAGUGGAUGAGGGCUUGGGACAGUGGGGAACCAUUGUCAACACCUACUCAGCGUGUGGCUUGACAUUCCUCGGAGACAAGUUGAUCGCCAUCUCAGGCGUAGCCAACCAUCUACGAGAUGAACUCAAGAUGGAGUACUGUGUCGGUCUAUGGAGGCCCAAAAUGGAGAUACAACUUGCGUGGGUCGUGCAGAAUCUACAAGCCGACCGAACACCUCGUAAUGAUCUUGCUCCAACGUGGUCUUGGGCAUCACUCAACGGAGCGGUGCAUCUACAGCAAGUCAACAUU